ACAAGUCUCUCUUGUUUAUAAUAUAUAUAAAUAUCUGUGGCUUCGAGAGUUUCUCAGGCUGCUGUUCUUGCACCAAGUGAUCAAGGCUCUGCAGAAAUGAAGAACAGUAACAAUUCUCAGCAGAGAACCGGCGUCCGGCAGUACCACAAAUCCGAGCUUCCCCGGCUCCGGUGGACGCCGGAACUCCACCAACACUUUGUUGAAGCCGUCGAAAGUCUCGGUGGUAAAGACAAGGCAACACCGAAGCGUAUUUUGCAGAUGAUGCGUGUGAAAGGAUUAAGGAUCUCCCACGUUAAAAGCCAUCUUCAGAUGUACAGAAGCAUGAAAGGGCAUUCCAUCAUGUCACCAGUUCAUCAUCAUCAUCAAGAACAUAAAGGAACAGCUUGUGCUAAUGAUCUGCGUAUCUGCUCCAUUUGCUUACCCCAAAGAUCGCCGGGAGAAAAAGUUUUAACGCCAAAAUAUAGCAAUAAUGUAAAGAGAGAAUUGCAUCUGUUAGAUAUCAAAGGGCUUUCACAAAGUAGUGAAGAGAUUUAUUAUGAUCUCAACCAGGAGCCUUAUACAACGACAAGUACAGAAAAUAGUGGCACAGCUCCAUUUGGUGACUACCCACUCUCUUUUGAUCAGUCACAUCUGUUUCCAGUAAAUAUGGUGCAUAGUGGGAAAGAACAAGAAGAAGACGACGAAGACGAAAAGGAUCAAGUCGUUCAUGACUCUACUAGUUCAACACAGUCUCUUGGAAGGAAUAAUUACAUAAACUUAGACCUAACUAUCUGAAUCUCUACAAUAAUGCCCUAUAUUUGCUGAAAUUUUUUUUGACCACUUCCUAUAUUAUUAGCUUAAUGACCCACAAUAUAUUAGUUAGUGGCUCAUUUUCUGUUUACAUUUAAUUUAACUAUAAUAAAAUGGAUCAUGAAAUUAAU